UUUUUUUAUUUAAUCGUCCUGCUGCUGAUUUUUGGCUCUUUUGACUAAUGAGUUUGCCAGCCACUGAGCUAAUGUCAAGACAAUAACAUACGCUUAAAGGUAAUUGCUAUCCAUUCACCACUUUUCACAAGGGUUCUAGAUGUUGAAAUAUUUUGUGUACAGUGUACCGUUUCCCUUUCCACAGAUGCACGAGACCCAGCUCCCCAUAGGACCCACGUUGCCAUGGUGAGGAGCGCGGCGUCAAAAUGGCCGCCGAGAAUGCUACGCAUCCCGAUGCUGCGUCGCGUUCUUGUCGCACUGCUGGUGUGCGGCGUGCUGUGGUCCUUCACGUUCGUCAACAUGUCGCUCAUGUUCAGCCAGACGCAGCCCCGCAGCAGUCACGAGGUCAAGGUAAGACGUCCUGGGCCGUUAGGGUCUGUCGAAUCCUGUUUGAGGAGAAGAGUCAAUUCCUGCGAUCGUAGGGUGGUUGCGCAAUGGUGUGUGGUGGUGUGUGUUGUGCGAUGCUUUGCGAUGGUGUGUGUGUGUGAUGUUGUACGACGGUGUGUGAUGUCGCGCAAUGGUGUGUUUGUGCGAUGCUAUGCGAUGUUGUCGUGUGAUGAUGUGCGAGGGUGUGUGAUGUUGUGCGAUGGUGUGUGAUAUUGUGCAAUGGUGUUUGAUGUUAUGUAAUGGAGUGUGUUGGGAUUAUGCUAUGCGAUGGUGUGUGUGAUGUUGUGCGAUGGUGUGUGAUGUUGUGCGAUGGUGUAUGAUGCUGUGUAAUGGUGUUGAUGUUGUGUGAUGUUGUGCGAUGGUGUGUGAUGUUUUGCGAUGGUGUGUGAUGUUGUGCAAAGGUGUGCAAUGCUAUGCGAUGGUGUGUUUGAUGUUGUGCGAUGGGGUGUGAUAUGCGAUGGUGUGUGAUGAUGUGCGAAGGUGUGUGAUGUUGUGCGAUGGUGUGUGAUGUUGUACGAUGGUUGUGAUGAUGUGCGAAGGUGUGUGAUGUCGUGCGAUGGUGUGUGAUGUUGUGCGAUGGUGUGUGAUGAUGUGCGAAGGUGUGUGAUGUCGUGCGAUGGUGUGUGAAGUUGUACGAUGGUGUGUGAUGAUGUGCGAAGGUGUGUGAUGUCGUGCGAUGAUGUGUUGUGAUGUUGUACGAUGGUUGUGAUGAUGUGCGAAGGUGUGUGAUGUCGUGCGAUGGUGUGUGAUGUUGUGCGAUGGUGUGUGAUGAUGUGCGAAGGUGUGUGAUGUCGUGCGAUGGUGUGUGAUGUUGUACGAUGGUGUGUGAUGAUGUGCGAAGGUGUGUGAUGUCGUGCGAUGGUGUGUGAUGUUGUGCGAUGGUGUGUGAUGAUGUGCGAAGGUGUGCGAUGUUGUGUGGUGGUGUGUGAUGUUAUACGAUGGUGUGUGAUGAUGUGCGAAGGUGUGUGAUGUCGUGCGAUGGUGUGUGAAGUUGUACGAUGGUGUGUGAUGAUGUGCGAAGGUGUGUGAUGUCGUGCGAUGAUGUGUGAUGUUGUGCGAUGGUGUGUGAUGAUGUGCGAAGGUGUGUGAUGUUGUGCGAUGGUGUGUGAUGUUAUACGAUGGUGUGUGAUGAUGUGCGAUGGUGUGUGAUGUUGUAUGGUGGUGUGUAAUUAUGUGCGAUGGUGUGUGAUGAUGUGAACAUCACUUGAACAUCACUGAGAAGGUUAACGUCGCUACAGAUUCCUUUCGCUAUGCUGUAAGGGGAGACACUCUUCACCUACUCUCCCUCUAGUUCAGGGGUUCUCAACCUUUUUUUGCAGCGCUGCACCCCCUCAAUACAUUGCCCGCACCCCUGUCUCACUUUCAAAACAAAUUUCCAGCAGCUCCCAUGAUAUGAAAUUCUUUUAAAAAAAAAAAACUAUACAAAAAAACUUAAAUUUUCUGGGUCUUUGCGUACCCCCGGUUAAGAACCCCUACUAGAGAGUUGUUAAGUUAAAAUCACGAGAACUCUUCUGACAAACUCUCCAGUCAAGUUAUGUGGCUUAAAGUUUGAAUCAGGGUUUCCCCAAUCAGUGGCGUACAAAUGGCUGGGGGGGGGGGGGCGGGGUCUAUCACGGUUCGGCCUUUUUUUUUUUUUUUUGGGGGGGGGGUUUACUUAGUUUUUAUCGCGGACCCUCAACCCGCACAGGGUGGCACCAACCCUAGCUACGCCACUGGUUAAGAUGGAUAGAUACUUUUGUCCUAGUCACUCACUAGUGGCGCAGAAUAAAGUAAAGGUUGGGAAAUCCGGGUCUCAGACUGUCAUAACACGUCAAAGGAGGUUGGAGAGGGGGGGGGUGAAGGGAAAAAAAGCCAUCGUUCGUGUGGCGAACAAGUCAUGUGGUUGACUCCAUGAUGCAGGAAGAAGAAUCUUUGGGAGGGGACAUUCUUCCCCCCCCCCUCCCCACCCCCAAUCUUUUUUUCUUUUCUUUUAAAUAUCUUUUAAACCGGGCUACGGAGUCAAACAAAUAUCCCUGCCCACCGUUUAAAUAGGACAACGUCGGUCAUGAUCUCAGGCAUUAAAGAGCUCCCCCCUCUCCCCCCCCCACACAUCGUUGGCCGUAAUGGUUACGCCCACGUGACAUUGUCACCCCCCCCCCCCCCUUUUUUUGCGUUGUGUAACUAUAGGCUCCUGACUAGCACAACCUCUUUUAUUUUUUAAUGGUGAACUCCGGGAAAAAUAGUGUGGGGAGGGGCGGGGGCUUGUUUAAAAAUCGAAUAUAUCUUGUAGCCCCGUUCACAGUGCGUAUUGUUGUAAGAUAACAGGGGUUCGAUGUGAACGUCCUGCAUGUGACACAUGACCAGGUGAUCGAACCACUAACAUGGUUUUCCAUGUGUUUCGUCUUCCCAAACUGGCCAUAACUCAGCGCGUCUCUCCCUCACUAAACUGUCAAUAUGCAUAUCCAUCACUCAACUGUCAAUGAAUCUCACCCUCCCCCAAUUGUCUAUAAGUCUCACUUUAACUGUCAAUUAGUCUCACCCUCUCUCAAUUGCCUGUGUGGCCCACACUCACUUAACUGUCAAUUUGUCUCACCCUCACUCAAAUGUCAAUGUGUCUCACUCAACUGUCAAUUUGUCUCACCCUCCCUCAAUCGUCUAUAUGUCUCACUCAACUGUCAAUGUGUCUCACCCUCACUCAACUGUCAAUCUGUAAAUGUGUCUCACUCAACUGUCUGUGUCUCACCCUCCCUCAACUGUCAACGUGUCUCACCCUCACUCAACUGUCAACGUGUCUCAUCCUCACUCAACAGUCAACGUGUCUCAUCCUCACUCAACUGUCAACGUAUCUCAUCCUCACUCAACUGUCUAUGUGUCUCAGCCUCCCUCAACAGUCAACGUGUCUCACCCUCACUCAACAGUCAACGUGUCUCAUCCUCACUCAACUGUCAACGUGUCUCAUCCUCACUCAACAGUCAACGUGUCUCAUCCUCACUCAACUGUCAACGUGUCUCAUCCUCACUCAACUGUCUAUAUGUCUCACCCUCCCUCAACACUCAACGUGUCUCACCCUCACUCAACAGUCAACGUGUCUCACCCUCACUCAACUGUCAACGUGUCUCAUCCUCACUAAACUGUCAACGUGUCUCAUCCUCACUCAACUGUCAACGUGUCUCACCCUCACUCAACUGUCAACGUGUCUCACCCUCGCUCAACUGUCAACGUGUCUCAUCCUCGCUCAAUAGUAAUUGUGUCACCCUCAACAGUCAAUGUGUCUCACCCUCCCUCAAUAUUCAAUGACCCUGUCAACUUCUAAUCACGCCCCUUACCUUCCCUAUAACGUCCAUGUUUCUUACUGACUAAAAUGGAUGCCCAAAAUGCCACACACCUUGUGCUUUCAGGCAGAAAUUGUUCAGCUCAGUGAAGAAUACAUCAAAGCAUUGGCCAAAGAAAAUGGAGACAUCGUGGAUGGGCCUUAUGCUGGGAGAUUCACGGCGUUUGGUAAGAUUUUUAAAUUUUUUUUAACUAACCUGUCUGAAGUAGUCUAAACGAACUAACUCCUCAGGGUAUUUUUAAAAUGUCGAUAUGUCAUGGGGUCACCUAGCGUCUGCUUGAGUCCUGGGUUUACUGACAUUAAAAUUAAUUAGCUGUGUAAUAUCUCGCUAUCACAGUUCUAAGAUGGCCUGAGGUCUCUCCUUGUCCCUUGGAAGUUAUGGACUUAAAGUUAAGAACCCUUGACCUUUGCAGGGGACUUGCCCUGUUGUAACACUUGGGGUAUUCACUGGGUUCAAAAGUUGAUAAAGAUUUCACGUCUGGUUAAAUUGAUCAGAAUGUCUGGUCUAAAUUGAACCUGUGGACAGUAAAUUAUCGUAUGUGUGGGGGGGGGGGCGUGUGGGGAUGUUGGGGUGGCAGGAUCUAUUGGCAUACAGCCUAGAUAUAAAGCUUGGGAGUUAAGAAGUUAACAUAGAGCACUUCUCAGUGUAUAAAAUAAUGUAUUACUUCAAUGAUUAAUUGUAGUCUUCUGAUACUUGUCUAAAUUUAUCUUACAUUCCCUGUAAUCCUCCAUUAAUUACCUAUCAUCAUGAAAAUAUUACCUUUGAUCCUCGUAGUUACCUUUAGUUCGUGUGCAUACUUUUGAUCCUUGUCUGUAGGUCUAAUUAUUCAGGCAUUUUCUUUGAUCAGUUAAACCAUACACUCUGUUAUAAACCACACUGUAUUAAACCCUAUACUCUGUCAAACCAAACACUCUGUUAAACCAUUUGCUGUGUACUACCCUAUACUCUGUCAAACCAAACUCUCUGUUAAACCAUUUGCUGUGUACUACCCUAUACUCUGUUAACCUCUGUCAAACCAAACACUCUGUUAAACCAUUUGCUGUGUACUACCCUAUACUCUGUUAAACCAAACACUCUGUUAAACCAUUUGCUGUGUACUACCAUAUACUCUGUCAAACCAAACACUCUGUUAAACCAUUUGCUAUACUCUGUCAACCUCUGCACAGACCUAAAGAAAACCAUUGCUGUCCUUCUGGAGUCCAUGUUGGCCCGCAUCAACCGCUUGGAGAUAUUUGUCAACAAUGUCACGAAUGGGUCCCUCCUUAACGACAACUCCUCCCUCUUGUCAUCACAUCUGCUGCCAGGGGGCACAGGUCAGGGUCUGGAUGGGAAUAAGGGAGCCUUGUCUGCCCAAGGUAAGAAUCGAGGCGGUCUGUGGGAGCACUCUUUUGCCCCUACACUUGAUGAGGCAAGCGGUUGUCAAAAUAGCCAGGGCCAUAAGAGCGCGCGCUAGGCCCCUCUAUAGAAUGUCCCCCACAAGAUAAUGUCCCCACAAGAGAAUGGCCCCACAAGAGAAAGGCCCAGCAAGAGAACAUCCCCACAAGAGAAUGGCCCCACAAGAGAAUGGCCCCACAAGAGAACAGCCCCACAAGAGAACAUCCCCACUAGAGAAUGUCCCCACAAGAGAAUGGCCCCACAAAGAAAAUGGCCCCACAUGAGGUCGGCCCCACAAAAGAAUUUCCCCACAAGAGAAUGGCCCCAGAAGAGGUCUGCCCCACGAGAGAAUGUCCCCACAAGAGAAUGUCCUGUAUUGUCUUAUGCACAUUGAGCUGUGGGCUUGUUUCAGAUGAAGUUGUCCCAACUCUUGAUUCCCUGCAGUGGACCCUGGUGCCUUGUUCAGAAUGGGCCACAUCAGUACAACAACCCCCCCCCCCCCCUUGUUGUUUUAAAGGGAAACGUUCCCCAUUAAGAUCUUUGCUGGAUUCCCCCAUCAACUCUUGUUUCCCUGCAGUGGCACCUGGUGCCUUGUUCAAAAUGGGCCACAUAAGUACAAACCCCCCCCCCCCCCCCUUGUUGUUUUAAAGGGAAACGUUCCCCAUUAAGAUCUUUGCUGGAUUCCCCCAAAAUCUGUUUCGUUGAAUAAAUUAGAUUUCAAGAGUUUUAGAAAAUUGUAGAUACAGGGGAUGGUUGUACAGAAGGUCAUAGCAUUAUAUAUACUUGACCCGCUUGGAGCUAUCCCUUGAAGUGACACAUUUACAUCAAUACCUUUUUAAAACAUGAGCGAGCUAGCUUGUCAGAUGAUGUCUGUGAUUACAAAGUGUUAAGUUUCCUGGCUUGAUUAAAAGUUAAAUUUAAAAUGUCAUCCAAUCCAGAUCUCCUACAGGGAAAGUCAGAGAAAUGUGAGUUGUCGGAGCAGGACAGGGAGCUCUUCCCACACUGUCCUCAGAAAAUUGAGGUAAGACAAGUGGCUGGACGGCAGGGAAAUAUCAUAUGGCUGGUUGAUGAUAUGGGCUUAUUGAGGGAUAUAUUGUAUGGCUGGUUGAUGGUAUGGGCUUAUUGAGGGAAAUAUUGUAUAGCUGGUUGAUGGUAUGGGCUUAUUGGGGGAUAUAGUGUAUGGCUGGUUGAUGGUAUGGGCUUAUUGAGGGAUAUAUUGUAUAGGUGGUUGAUGGUAUGGGCUUAUUGAGGGAUAUACUGUAUGGCUGGUUGAUGAUAUGGGCUUAUUGAGGGAUAUACUGUAUGGCUGGUUGAUGGUAUGGGCUUAUUGAGGGAAAUAUUGUUUAUCUGGUUGAUGAUAUGGGCUUAUUGAGGGUUAUAUUGUUUAUCUGGUUGAUGAUAUGGGCUUAUUGAGGAUAUAUUGUAUUGCUGGUUGAUAAAUGGGCUUAUUGAGGGAUAUAUUGUAUAGCUGGUUGAUAAAUGGGCUUAUUGAGGGAUAUAUUGUAUAGAUGGUUGAUAUAUGGGCUUAUUGAGGGCUAUAUUGUAUGGCUGGUUGAUAUAUGGGCUUAUUGAAGGUUAUAUUGUAUGGCUGGUUGAUGAUAUGGGCUUAUUGAGGGAUAUAUUGUAUGGCUGGUUGAUGAUAUGGGCUUAUUGAGGGAUAUAUUGUAUAGCUGGUUGAUGAUAUGGGCUUAUUGAGGGAUAUAUUGUAUGGCUGGUUGAUGAUAUGGGCUUAUUGAGGGAUGUAUUGUUUAGCUGGUUCCUAAUAUGAUUUUUUGAGGGAAACACUGUUUAGCUGGAUGAUGGUUGGGCUUAUUGAGGGAGAUAUUUGAAUGAACAAAUAUUGGACUAUUGAUGAUGUGGAGUUUAGAGUAGAAAUUGAUUGUAAUACACCAUAAGAGCAUGGUAUUUAUGUUUCUUCAUUAUGAGAGUAUGGAAUUUUUGUUGUGAGUAUUUUUGGCUUACAUCUCUGCGAUAUUAAAGUGCAUCUUGAGAGAGGCUGUUAUUUUAAUAUCUUUCUUGCUUUUUUUGUUUCUUUCACAUAGUGGAUGCAAAAAAUGUGGAAAUCUGAUCCUUGCUACAAAGGUUAUGGUGUGGAUGGGUCUAACUGCUCCAUCAUUAUGUACCUUAGCGAGGUAAGGUCCAAUUGUUUAUCGUAAUAUACCUUAGUGAAGAAAGGUCCAAUUGUUUCAGCAUUAUGUACCUUAGUCAGGUCAGGCCAGAUUGCUUCAUCAUAAUAUACCUUAGUGAAGUAAGGUCCUAUUGUUUAAUCAUAAUGUACCUUAGUGAAGUAAGGUCCAAUUGUUUCAUCAUAAUGUACCUUGGUGAAGUAAGGUCCAAUUGUUUCAUCAUAAUAUACCUUAGUGAACUAAGGUCCAAUUGUUUCAUCAUAAUGUACCGUAGUAAUAUGAACUAAUGCUGUGUGGUGUGUCAGCAGAGAGAACAAAUGACUUGUCAUUCAACAGCUAAGAAACAAAUCUGGCUUUCUAUUGUGAUAAACUCAUUCUUUUUUUAAGGUGGAAGAUUUUUGUCCCCGCCAGGCCUGGUCAGGAUCACAGAACAAAACACUAGUGGACACUCGGGUCACCUAUGUAAGUGGGACAUAGUUAUCAUUUAUACUGUUGGGGGAGUGCAUUUGCAAAUGCAGAUCUUUGAAAGUUUCACCAGCUUAGAGGUUUCAAAACUUUUAAAAAAAAUACCAUGAGAUACACUCGAUUUUUAUUUAUUUUGCAGUGAAAAGCCAUUGUGAACUAAAAAAAAAAACUUAUUAAAAAUUAAACUUCACUGACUCUUGACUUCAGAUUGUUAAAACUUCAGACACCUUUAAUGAGACAGAGAAACACUGCACUUAUCUUAUGCCGGCCUGACUUGAAAAAAUCAAAGUCCAUCUUGUAAUUGAGCCAACCCUUUAAAAAAAAAUGAUUAGCGAUAACAUUAAAGCAAUAAGGAUUAUGAGAUUGUACACUUUAAAAACAUUGCGUCCAAGGGUCCUAUUAAAAACAUUGGGCCAAAGUGUCCUAUUAAAAACAUUGUGCCAUAGUGUCCUAUUAAAAACAUUGCACAAAAGUGUCCUGUUAAAAACAUUGCACAAAAGUGUCCUAUUAAAAAUAUUGCACAAAAGUGUCCUAUUAAAAAUAUUGCACAAAAGUGUCCUAUUAAAAAUAUUGCACAAAAGUGUCCUAUUAAAAAUAUUGCACAAAAGUGUCCCGUUAAAAACGCUGCACCAAAGUGUCCUAUUAAAAACAUUGCGCCCAAGUGUCUUUUUAAAAACAUUGCGCCCAAGUAUCUUUUUAAAAACAUUGCGCCCAAGUGUCUUUUUAAAAACAUUGUGCCCAAGUGUCCUAUUGGUUACAUUGUGACUGAGGGUUUAAGGUACAACACCUCCCAAAAUUUCUUGGAAAAUAGUGGAACUUGACAUUUUUAGUUAAGAAGUGCGUAUUUGUAAUGCACGCGCAUGUGACUACCAAUUUAACAUUUAAAUGCAAUAAUAUAUUUUUGUGUGUGCAUGUUCAUGUACCCUAACCUCUGUAAAUUUUUUAUUGCAACCAUUGUUUAUAAUUGGUUACUAGGAUGCUAAAAAAACAGUAUUAUAUUUUUACUGAAAAAUGCGAAGUAAUUAUUAUAUAAAACCUCUAGGAAGCAAUUAAAAACGCCAUUCAGGGAGAUCAGUAUAUAUAUUUGGUCACUAGUUACCUUCGCUUGAAAACAUUCGAGUUUGGUGUUGUUUUUUCCCCAAUGGAACCAAGGUUUCGUGCCAAUAAUUAUAAAAAACACAAUGGUUCAAUGGCUUGCUUUGAUGGAGGAAAAAAAAAUAAGAAUAACCAGUUACGCAUUUUUAAAAAUCUGCCAAAUAACAAGAACACAGAAUCAUGAUUUCUGCGCAAACAACUCACUGUGCGUGUGCAUUGUAGGGGUGUUCUACCUUUAGCAAUAAAAUGUCACUGUUUCCUUUGUGCCCCUUCACAGGCCAACUUCACACUGGACCUGCAGCCCCUGAUGAACAUACUGGUGGACCCCAAUGAACGUCAGGGCUACGCCUGGAUUAGAAUGCGCAUCAGUCGGAUGUGGCAUAGAUGGACUGAAGGGGCAAGAACCCUGAUGGCUAAAUAUGAUAUCCAGGGGAGGCAAAAACAGAAAGUAAAUAUUUAAAUGUUCCAAAACAAAAUGAUAAAAUACUAAUAAAUGGUAUAUUAUUUUCUUAUUCAGAUGGGCACCUAGUACAUGUAGUGUAUAAGUACUGAUUGAACACUCGCUGUCAUUGAAUCUAAAAUUUAAAUGGAUCUUAGAAACUAGAUAGCUUUGCUGGAAUAUUUUGAUUUUAAAUCUUAGUUUUUGUGUGUUUUUUUUACAGGAAUUAAAAAGAGACUGAUAAUUCAUUUUUUACUGAUAUAUUUGCAUUUUAUUGCAAAUGCUGUAGCAUUUUAGUGUAUUUUUAGUACCAUCAGCAUCUUCUAAACAAAAUAUAAAAUAAAAUUAUGUCGCCACAUUCUUAUUAUUAUAACAAAAUGAAACAAUUAAAAACAUUUUUUUUUAUUCUUAACUUUUCCCCGAGUGUUUCUGGAAUACUUGGGAAAAGUUAAGAAUAAAAAAAAAUUAUUUUUAAUUGUUUCAUGUUGUUAUAAUAAUAGAAAUGUGGCGACAUAAUUUUAUUUUAUAUUUUGUUUAAAAGAUGUUCUUCAUUUCUGCAACUUUAUAUUUACAAUUAUUUUUAAAAUAUUAUAUGGGCAUUUGUAUAUGAAACAUAAAAAUAGCAGCUAUAAAAUAUAAUAAUUGAUGUUUUAUUAUUUUUUUAUAUCAAUCGGAUUUCUAUUAAUAUGUUAUUUUUUUGUUCAGAUUUUAAUUCAUCUUGGACUACUGAGCAAGCAGUCUGGCUGGCAGUUUGCUGAGAUGCAGUUUAAAGGUGCUUUAAAAAAAAAAAAAUGGUUAUCUUAUUUCUUCAGAAAAUUAAAGGAGACUUUUAAUCUUCUUGGAAUGAACAAUAUAAAGAAAAUUGUUUCUUAAACAUUUUUUAAAACUCAUUGCCAUGUAUUUCCUGAUUUAAUUUGUAAAAGUUACUUUUGGUCCUUGAAGGAAAGCAGAUGUGACUAGUCACAAAGGUUAUGUUUAAAAAAGUGUUAAAUCAAACAGUUUUUAAAUGGAAGUGGGGAAAAGCAUGCUGCUAGUUUAAAAUAAAAAAAUUAAAAAUAUAAAAAAAAAAAUGGAAAAAAAUCCAACAACUUUUAUUCAGAUUGGCCCCUGGUAUAUUACUUUUUUGCAUUAUUUAAUAGGGCUCACUGGUAUAUUAUCUCAUUUAGUUGCAAUAUUAUUUUAUGGCCUUAUUCAGGAGGGCUCCCUGCUUGUUAUUGUAUUACUUUAUUCAGGUUGGGGAGGCCCCCACAUUAUGUUCUUAUUUUCAUAUAAUUUGUAUCACUUUUUUCAGGUGGGCCCCUGGGUGAACUUGUGCAGUGGAGUGAUCUCAUCUCUACCCUGUAUAUACUGGGCCAUGAGCUGACCAUUACAAGUGAGGUGGAGCAACUUGUAGAGUGAGUAUCAGAUGGACAGCUUGUCGGCAUCAGUUGAACCAAGGAUAGCAUCCUACCCGUCCAAAUAACUGUCAAAGCUGUGCGUCCAAAUAACUGUCAAAGCUGUGCGUCCAAAUAACUGUCAAAGCUGUGCCCGAGAAGUUUCUGUUGUUGCUAGUGGGUAGCCUUCCAUCAGGAUUAAGUAAGAGAAGUAUUGGCCACAGUUUACAAACAAAUUAUAGUCCCAGCUUCAGAAUACCAUUGGAUGGCUUUGCAGGAGUAACAGUAUUGUUCAGUUUUAAGAGAUCUGAUGCCACGAGGGGCCCUGUUGUCGUUUUUUUUUUGUUGAUUCAUUAAUGCCAGCUGAAGGUGUUUGCUAGCUCAAAUGCUCAUCACUUUAUCAAGUAUUUAGUCAAAUUUAUUAGUCAGCAUACUAAGUCACCUUUUUAAAAAACUUUAUUUCAGUCCAAAUUUUUAUUUUACAAAUAUUCUUUGUGUAUCAAUUAAUUAAUAACCAAAUUAAAUUUUUUAUAUGCUAUGGGGAUAUUGGUUUGAGGGUUGUCAUUAGUCUUAUUAGACUUGUCCAACAAUUUGAUGUCAAAUUAUUACUUUUCUAUGCCAAACAAUUGUGUGAUUUUAAUUUUGUUAUAUUUGAUAUUUUAAAAAAAAGGAAAAAAGAUGUUUAACAAAGAUCUAAAAUGAGUUUGUUGUUCUCACCUUAUCAGAAUCCUAAAUCACGUUCCAGCAGCUAAAACUCCCUGCCAGAGCAGGAAGGAGCUGCCAGUACAUCUUAUUUACACUGAUAUCAUGGGCCUUAUACAGUUCAAGAAGAGGCUCAAAGCUGGAUAUGCCAAAUUUAGGUAGGUUUUGAAUGGCCAUGCAGUGCCUUUUAACAGAAAAGUAGGAACUGAACAGGUUCUGUUUUAAAAGCUAAAAGGGACUAUAUUUUUGUAGUGAUUUGAUGUCUGACCAUUGCCUAGCCUUUGUUUAGUCAUUCUUAAAGAUGUAUUACAUCUAAGAAGAAUUUCACUAUUUUGUUGGUGUAUUACUCACUGAAUUCAAAUCUCAGUUUGUGAUAUGUGUCUUUCAAUUUUUAAAAAUAUGGAAUUGCAACAAAUAUCUCCAUUACUCUUUUCUGAUGAAUUAUUCCUUUUCUAACUACAAGAGUAACUCUCACUGUAAAUUGCAAGUUUAAGAUGAUUUACUUUGUUUUUUUCAAUCAACACACCACUGUUUUUUGUUGUUUUUUUAAAUUUUUAAAUUACCAGCUUAGAUGAAUUAUAGUAAAUUUAUUUUAUGUUGAAAAAAAAAAAUUGAAGAUCCAUUUAUAAGGUACCGUUUUUUUUCUUCUUUUUGUUGACAAGUUUUGCUUUUAAAGCAAAAAUAUGGCUGUCUAUUUUAUUUUAUUGUGCUAAUUUCCCCAGCUGUUUAUUUCGUGUGGUAGACUCAUUUGGUACAGAGCCUGCAUUUAACCACCACACAUUUGCUAAGCAAAAUAAAAUAUUGUCUUCAUGGGGUGGGCAGGACCUGCUGCCACAGCAGUUUUACACCAUGUUCCGUAAGUAACAGCUGCACACAGCUAUUUUAUACUGUGUUCUGUAAGUAACAGCUGCACACAGCUAUUUUAUACCGUGUUCUAUAAGCAACAGCUGCACACAGGUUUUAUAACAGUUUCCAUGAACAACACCUUCAAAGGAAAAUAACUUCUCAAGGGGUUUUCCCCUUCAUUUAGAACAUUUGCCUUCAUGAGAUUAUUGCUUUGAUUAGGAAAAAGGUUCACAUGAAACUUCACCAAAUGUUUAAUCAAUAAUUUUUACAUGAAAUACCAGCCAAAACUUUUUUCAACAACAAUUUUAUCCUUAGGUUAAACUUGAAAUACCAGCCAAACUUCACUAACAAUUUUAGCAAUAAGAUUUACAUUUAAUACAAGCAAUCGCCACUUACAUUUUAAUUGAACAACAUAACCUUUGCAUGAUUAAUUCAUUUUUGGUCUUUAAAAUAUCCUUUACAGCACAUUCCCCUGACAACUCCUUUAUGGGUUUUGUGGUGGAUAGAGUUCUGAAUGAAUCAGAGACCAACCUUGAACCCAAAGAGAAUAUAGCUCUUGUGUAUGGAAAAAAUGAUUACAUGUGGCAGGUAGGCUCACCUAGACAAUAAGUAACGUUCCCACACCAGAUACCAGCAAACUUGAUCGUGACUAGAAGAAAUGCACAAUGAAUAACGUCAGUUAAAUUUUGAUAUUAAGAAUUGAUGUGGGCUUCGUAGCUGGCCGAUGACUAAGCCCAUGCCAAGUUAAGCUGCUGUUGUCCAACAUUAGUUGUUGAGAAUUUUUUUUUAUUGGAAAAAACCAAAGUUCCUUGCUGGGCUAAUGAAUCCAUUUCCAGCUUGCUAAAUUCCCACACAUUUUAUUUGUGAGUCGUGAGUUGGGCAAAGUUACCAUUGUGGCCGUUUGCUGGCAGCAUUGUCAUAGCAAAAUUUAAAUGAUGAUGAAAAAAUUAAUUCUUAUUGAAUAUUUCGAUAGCAAAUUUAUUAAGGAUUUUAUUCAGAUAUUUAAAAAAUUUUAAAGUUAAUCCAAUUGAAAUCUUCUAAAUAUUGCCAUCAUAGAAUUGUUCCUGUUUCGUUCUAUGAUUUUAAAUUGCAAUCUUCUAAAUACUGCCAUCAUAAAAUUGUUCUUGUUUUGUUCUAUGAUUAUAAAUAUCAAUAAAUAUAUGUAUCAUUAAAAAACAUACAAAUUAUCAAGUAAAGCUUUUUUUUUUUACUUAUUGAUAUUUCUUUAGAUUAAGAUUUCAAGUAAGUAAACAUUGAAGUUGCAAGUUAUUUUUUAUUUUUAUGUUAACUAUGUUUUUUAAAAAAUUUUUUUAAUUUGAAUUAUAUUUUUUAAAUUUAUAUUUAUUAUAAUUCAUAUUAAUUAUAAUUCAAAACAAGCAGUAGGAUUACUCAUGUUUGGUGGGUUUUUUUGGUUUCUUGAGUUUUGGUAUUUAUUUAAAAAAAUAACAUUCACACUAAAUUUGUUUCAUUUAGGACACUAAUCAAACUUUAUAAAGAUGAUUAAAUGAAAUAUCUUUACCUAAGAACCAAUUUUUUAAAAGUUUAUCAAGUUUUUUCUAGAUUAUACUACUACCAUUGAGCUUUCAGUUCAGAUGAUUACUUCCCUUGGUAUUAUGAUUAUUUCCCUUGUUCUAAUGAUGGCUUUGUAAAAUAUAUUUAGGACAAGCAGGCAUACCUUGAUGUUAUUCAUUCCAAGCUGGAAGUGCACGGCACUGUCUAUGAGGAGCCUGGCAAGAAACUGCAGAAUGUGCCUAGUUAUGUGAUCAACCAUGGGAUCAUGACAGGGGUAGAGCUGCAUAAGUUAUUACAAAAAACCAAGGUACUAUUUCCUGGGCACUGUUGGUAAACUAUCUUGUGGAACUAAGUGGUGCUGGAGUCAGGUAUGAAAGAUCAGGUUGAGUGCUGUGACUGGUUCCUGUUGGUAAACUAUCUUGUGGAACUAAGAGGUGCUAGAGUAGGUAUGAAAGAUCAGGUUGAGUGCUGUGACUGGUGCCUGUUUUUCCUAAACAGCAUGGGUUAAAAGUGCGUCAGAAUGAUAGUUUUAAAGUUAAAUUUUUCAUACUAGCAUAAUCAAGCUGUAGCUAUCAAGUUAAUUUUUUUUAAAAACUAUCUGGUCCUACCGAUUGAAGCUAAACUAAACACUUAAAAAAAAUAGCAGUAUGAGUUUCUGACUUCAUUGUCACUCUCUGAACAUCCCAUUAGCAGCUGAUCGAAUCAAGUGUAUAACAUUAGUUAAUGGAAUGAAAUAUACACAUAAGGUAAUUGAAUCAAAUAUACCCAUUAGUUAAUGGAAUCAAAUAUACCCAUUAGUUAAUGGAAUCAAAAAAACAUAUAAGUUAAUUGAAUCAAAUAUACCCAUUAGUUAAUUGAAUCAAACAAACACAACAUGUUAUGAGAGAUAACUGAAGAAAUUCUUUAUUUAGUUGUCAGAAAGUGUUGUUCUUUGUCCAUCUGAUCAAAUGAUUGCACUCUUCUCACCCCAGGUGUUUGUGGGCCUUGGUUUUCCAUAUGAAGGCCCAGCCCCUCUGGAGGCCAUCGCCAACGGGGCCGUCUUCCUUAACCUCAAGUUUGACCCUCCCCACAGCAGCAAGAACCACAAAUUCUUUAAGGGGAAACCAACUCACAGAGAGGUAAAUACAGCACAUAGAACCAAUUACUUCACAAUGUCCAUUAAGAUAAAACAAUGCAUUGACAAUCUCUGUUCAAUAAAUCCAUAAUAGGACAUUGAAUGAGUAGUAAACCAUUUACAGGACAUUGAUUGUUUAGUAAACCAUUAACUGGACAUUGGCUGUGUAAACAAUCAUCUGAAGUUUGAUCUAAAAUUUUUAACUGGUCAUUGACCAUAUGAUUACAUUGUUACUGAUUCUUGACUGCAUCAUAAAACAAAUUUGUUGCUAUUCAAGAUUGUAAGAUAUGUUUUUUAAAGCUUAAAAUAUGUGUUUUUAAGGGAACCGGAAAUCAUUCCCAUUGUUGUUGUUUUUUAAAUAAGUAACUGAUGCUGUAAUUUAAUUUUUUGUAGCUACAUUCAAAGAUUUAGAAGUUCAAUUGAUUUAAUUUUAAUUUUAAAAAAACAACAAAACAAAAAAACAAUGUGAAUGAUUUAUGGUUCCAUUAAACAACACAUAUUUUAAGCUUUUAAAAAUAAAAUUAAAAAAAAAAAAAAUUUUAAUUAUUUUUUGUAACUUCAUUCAAAGAUUUAGAAGUUCACCUGAUUUUAAUUUUAAUUAAAAGAGCUUAAUGUUUAUUUUUAUGUUAUUUUAAGUUAAUGUAAUUGGUCUCAACGCUUGUGAAAGGUACAACCUGAUGAUGAAUAAUCUUUUUCGUUUUAAGAUAGCAUCACAACACCCAUACGCUGAGACAUUUAUUGGGGAACCUUACGUGUACACCAUAGAUCACAAUAAAAUUAGUGACGUUGAAGCAGUUCUAAACAAAAUUUUAGUUAACAAUAAGGUAUGUGUGGAUGUAAUCAUUUGAAAAUAAUUUUUUUUAAAUUGUAAUGUUACAUUGUGUAGUGUAGGAGCGAGGCUCCAACUGCAGGUUCACAUGUGACAGGAAUUUGACUCUGUUUGAAUUGUAUGCAUAGAAAUGCAAUGAUCUUAAAAUGUCUUUUCAAAAUUUUUUUAAAUAGUUGACAUUAUAAAUAAAACUCCCUUAUAUUAUGUUCCCUGAAAUUGUUUCUCUUACUUCAUCUAUUACAAGCAUGCAUUACCCCACAUAAGUGUGCAUUCAGCCCUUUAAGCGUGCAUUCACCCCCAUUCAAUGUGAAUGUAACAAAAAAAUUAUCCCAAGUCUGGCUUGUCGUUUCCUUUUCAGUUCCCCUCGUAUCUUCCAUUUGAAUACACAGAAGAAGGAAUGCUACAGCGUAUGAAUGCUUACAUUGAAAACCAGAACUUCUGCUCAUUCCAACGAGGCCAGCCGAAUUGGCCUCCCAGGGAAGCUGUCGAGCUAGUGCUGGCGGAGCCCGGGAAAUCAUGCAAGGAUGCAUGCUGGGCACAGAGUGAGUUUGAGGCACUUAAUGAUGGCACUGUCGGCUAAGUUGAGGAUUAGGUGACAACACCGUCAAACAAUUUGGGGCUUUUGGGGGCAACUUGAUAAGCCCUUGAAAUGGCAUCAGCCAGGGUUGCCAUCAAAUAUUUGUACAUAGUAAUACCUUAUCUGGGGUUGACAAAUACUGAGGACAGGUUGCCCUGUCACUUUAAAAUUUACCUAAAUGUUCUAAUAAAAAGUUAUAAAAUAAUAAAAAACUUGCUGGCUCAUUCAAUUAUUCUGAGCAUUGUCUACCCCUGUAAGUGAAGAAAUUUAGACUGCUGCUAUGGAUUAGACUACUUUGUUCACUGAAGGCAAAACGUAUGCUACUCUCUCUCUCUCAAUGCCUCACUCAGAAAAUAAAUAACCUGUAUUUAAUGAUUGACAAUUCUUUUUUUACAGGCCGCAUCUGCGAACCAGUCUACUUCCCGGUGCUGAACAACAAGGAAAUGUUUGGUAACUUCACUGAGUGCAAAGCUAUGGCUCACUCAUCCAACAUUUACUACCCAGCCUACGACUCCGGCUCAGGGACCUGCACCACGCAGGAUGAACGCCUGCUCUACAGCUGUGUCGGGAGCAUGGACAGCCUUCGUCGGCUCUGCCCCUGCCGGAACUACAUCCAGGGCCAGACGGCACUGUGCAUUGGCUGCGAAAGAUGACCCCCGGGCAGGACUUGAUUGACCAGUUUUUCCCCGCCUUCAGCCAUGCAACUCACUGCCAUGCAUGCUCGGUAAACCAAUCGUGGAUUCUUUUGUCUUACCACAGGUGUUAGUUGAACCUAUUCAAUGUUUCCUGUUUUUCACAACUUUAAUGUGUUUGUAGAAUGUGGAAUUAAUAUUCCAUCAACUUGGACAGAAUUGCCCAGGUGACUGAACAGACUGCCCUUGUUGCUGAUAGUUGUAUACAUCAAGGAAGAAGAAGUAAUUGGUUUUCUAAUUCAAAGUGAACAAGUUUUACAUGGGAAAAUAGAAAAUGUUUUAUUCCAGGAAAUUAUGCGGAUUCAAAUGUUUUUGUUGAAUUGAUAUCAGAGGCAAGACUUCCUGGCACUUGGUGUAUUGUCAUUACAUUGUGAUUCUGUCACAUUAAAUAAGUCAGUCGCAUUGUAGUCGCAUUUUUGGGAUUGUCACAUUGAAGGCAGACCCACAAAUAUCACAUUUUGACACUCUUCUCACCUUGAAACAUUUGGAAUGUUUCACAAGGGAUUUCCAACAGUGUGACAUCACCGGAUUUUCCCCAGGGAUGACCAUCAAAUCUGUCAACUGAGUCUACAAAUUUCUUGUUUUGAAUGGCUUCACAACUUUGAUAAAAAAAAUAUACUUAAAAUUCUCGUACCAAUGUCUCACUGUACAUUGUUUGCAAUGAAACAUCCCUGUCAUCAGUGUACCGCCAUCAGGUGCUAGAAGCGGAAGAGUUUACUGCAUUGGUCAUAGUCAUAAUGAACUGUUGCUAUCUCCUUAUACCUCACAAUGACUUUUUAAGCAUAAUUUUAUUCAUUUUAGUUGACCUCGCCUGUGGCGCUGUCCAGAACCAGGCAGUUUCUUUUUGUGGGAGGUUAAAAAAAAAAUUAUCCUAUAAUAAUUUUUUUUUCAAUAAUUGUGCUGAGAAUUAUCAGAAAGGACAUGUUGAGAGCUAAUACUUUCCACAGAGCCAACUGGUGUUUCUUAACUGCUAGUCAACAGUUGUUUCACUCAAGUCUCUCAAACACUUGAUCGACAGGCCAAAGGUCAAAACAGCGUUAACUUGAGCAAGGGAGAGCUACUAAUUUUUCUAUUCUUAAUGUGUCCAGUUAAAAUAUUUUUGGGUUAGGGGUUAUAAUCGCCAUAAUC